AAAUAUUGUGUGUGUAUGUGUGUGUGUGUUUGUGUGUGAGAGAGAGAGAGUAUCAGCCAGCCAGCAGGGGAAGGAGAGACUUGUUUUAGUUUCGAGAGAGCUCUGAUCCAAGAUACAUCGUUGUUAUGUCGGACACUGGAGUGUGUUUAAGCGUCUGAGAAUGAAUGAAUCAGGGAAUGGGACUGCCAGCGAGGUGCACCUCAUCGAAGUCAGGGUCUUUGCUUCCGUUACCUCCUUUGUCCUGUUGGCUUUCUUCAACCUUGUGAUCAAUUACACUAUCCUGGGUGAGGACCGUCUGCGAUCUCAAGCCAGGUUUGUCUUGCUGUUCCACCUUUUGGUGUCCGGUCUGAUCUACUUUGGCCUGAGCAGCACCUUCUACCUCCUCAUUUACCUGGAGGUGGCCAUAUCAGCCUCAUCUUGCGUGACCCUCCUCCUGUUCCUCAUGAUGAGUGGCUCCACCAUUCUCCUGACCCUGACGGUGAUGGCGGUCGACCGAUACUUUGCCAUCUGCCAUCCACUCAAGUACAGCUCCUUCUGCACCCAGUGCAAAGUCUGGAUUCUCAGCAGCCUGACCUGGGUGGUCUCAGCCAUCAUCCCUCUCAUCCUGGUCUCCGAGCAUAUGAGGAGGGAGCCCAAGCUGGGAGAGACUGAGAGGUGCUCAGCCAGCAACCUUCCUUCCAGCUACAACAUGAAGCAGACUUCCAAAAUUCUGCUGAUCUGCAUCUGCACGGUCCUCAUACUGUAUAGCUACUUCAAAAUACUGGUGGAAGGCAAGCGCAUUGGUGUGCUGAAUCGGCGCAACAAGAGGGCGCGAAGCACCAUCUUAAUGCAUGGGGUGCAGCUGGCGGUAUACAUAAUCCCCACGUUCAUCAACUUCAUCCUCCAUUUGGUAGCACACGCUGGGAAGCUCCAUGCAAACACCAAAUCCCUCUUUGAGGUGCUAAACUUUGCCUUUUUCAGUCUGGCACAGUGCAUCAGCCCUGUCAUCUACGGCCUCCGGAAAGAAGAGCUGUGGGAGCUCACCUCCCACAAGUUUCCCUGCUUCCUAUGGGAUUUCAAGGGAACCCUAGAGUGGCUGGUUCGGACGACCCUGCUCCUGCCCAUGAAAUCGAGCCCACCAGCUGCAGUCCAGACCUGCUCCGAGGGACUAACCCUGGUGGGCGAGGAGACUGCAGGAGCAUGCACUAAGUAACGCUGCCUAACCCGUUUCUAGAUGUCCCUUGGGAUUUAUUGGGAUUUUCCCACCUCUCACCAGGCCUGUGCUUGUUCAGCACAUAAAGUCCUCGAUCUCUGGGAGAUGGGCAGCAAGGACUCUGACUUUUAUUGCUGGAUAUUUUUGAUAACUGUGACUAAACACGAUGACUGAACAUUGAUGACUAACAACUUCUCUUUCACCUCCCCUAAAUCCACCCCCCGCCGAGUCUCAAAUAGUUUCUUCCGCUCUUGGGUCAAACACUUCAAAAAAUAAUUGGAAUUACAGUCCAGUGGGGGAUUGGGAAGAAAACACUUCAAACUUUAGCUCUUUUAAAGAGCUGGCACUGGCACGAUGGGCUGAAUGGUUGCCUCCUGUUGUUCUGACUUUCAGAAACUUCAAGAAAAAAAUAAAGACCCUGGAGGGAUUAAAACAAGGGUUUUAAAAAAAUCUGAAGACAGCUUGAUUUUCUACAUGGAGAACAUUGGUUUGGGAAAUGGGAGUAAAUAAGAGAAACUAAAUGCAGUUUUAAGAAGAAAGGUGUGAAUGAAGAAAGGCAAUUAAUGCGGUGAGCUAAUUCAGGGCAUGAUAUUAAUGUUUUGGAUAUUUUAUGGCUCACAGCUUAAAAUAAACACUGCCUAAAAGCAAAGAGCAUCAGUGCAAAAUGUGAAAACUAACACUGCUUUUGGAGAUGUCGAAUUCCAAAGGAAUUCAAUGAAGACAAGGUGGAGAUAUCUGCACAGAGGGCUGACUAGGAACCGGAGACAACGUUCAAGCUGAACUCCCGGGAAUAGCUUGAGAUUUUCGGUGAUGUUCUGGCGAGUAUGAAAUGUUUGAGCGUCACGACCUUAAAGUUGUCCAUAUGACAGUCACUGUGGUGAUUUUGCGGAUUCGUUCCCCAAAGCGCCUUACAGGAAUGGGACUGAGUCUCCACUUGGGGCAAUCAAAAUGGCUGCCAUGCAUGCAGGACAACUAAAAUGUCUUAAAAACAGAAAAUGUAAAUAUUCAGCAGGCCUGGCAGCAUCUGUGAAGAGAGAGAAACAGAGUUAACAGUCCAGGUGGAAAAUGUCUUGUUGCUUUGCACCUGUCUUAGGAUAAUCCAGGAAAAUAAAAAAACUGUGCAGAGGAACAUUACUUUUCCUGUUGGCUUAAUUGAGGCAGGAAUUGACACUCUUUUUGUUGUCUUAGACUCAAAACUGCCAAUUAGGAAGUCAACAGAACCAUGUGCAAGAAACUCUUGGUCUGGGAGCAUGCAACUAAGUUAAUAAUGUUUUCUUUAAGUUGCUGUGAGGCUGUUUCAUGUAAAAUAAGGUUUGUGUGUUUCAUGUAUGAUUAUGUUUUUUUAAGAUUAAAGUAAUCUGUGAAUU